AUGAAGAUUGACGUUCGUGAUGAUAAUAUAGAUGUCGACAAUAAUGGCAAAGAUGACGAUCAUUAUGAUGCUUUUGAUGAUGACGACACCGACGCCAAUUACGAUGAUGAUGAUGAUGACGAAGGCGUCGUUGACGAUUACGGUGAAAAUAACAAUGAUCACAACGCCGUCGCCGACGACAGCAACGAUGCUGAUGGCGAUGAAUACGAUGAAGGCAAUGAUGACGUUGAUGUCGACGCUGAAGAUGAUGGUGAUGAUGAUGCUGAUGAUUAUGAUGAUUGUGAGAAUGCUGAUAAUGCCGACAGCUAUACUGACGAAGGCGAGGAAGAUGACGAAGCUGAUGUCUGGAGCAGUGUCUAUAAUGAUGAAUCAACUAAUAUGAUUAUAUAA